AACCUUUUUUUUUUUUUUUUUCUCCCAAUCAUCUUGUUUCCCUUCAUAUUUCUGGCGCCAUGACGGGGGUGGCCGAGCUCUGCAAUGGCGAGAGGGCCGUCGUCUUCCUCUUCGUCUCCCGCGUUAUCUACUCCGCCCCACUCUCCCUCUCCUACGAGGCCGCUGCCCUCUGCCUCCUCGCCGUCGCUGGCCUCGUCAUCGAGAUAUCCGCCGAGAGCUCCACCGCCCUAGACCGCUUCAAGACCAGGCCUGGCGCUUCAUCUGGGAUUCAACUUGGUGCUGUCACACUGCCUACUGUCAUGCUAUCACGGUUGAUACAACUCUCGAGGGCCCUAUUGAGGGAAGAUGUUGAGCCUGAAGAGCUUGCGUAUAUGAGCAUGCAAUAUUGGACUGUGUCUGCUAGCUGCUUUGGUGUGCUAAUCUUCUUCUGUUUAUUACUGAGGCGUUCUUCCAAUGGUGCAAGUUUUUUUCAUCUGGGGAGUUCUCAAGCUUCAAAAUAUAGCUUACUCCACACAGUUCUGUAUGUACUUACGUGCUAUCUGUCUUUUGCAACAAAAUCAGACAAUGGCUGGUUUGUCACAAAGAAUUUGUUGUGGUUACUCUGCCAUGGACUGGUUACCGUGUUUCUUAUCCAGCAUAUUCUUCAAACAUUUCCAAUGUGUGCUUCUAUAGGAGAAGCACUUCUGGUGUCAAGUGGUCUGGUUCUUUACUUUGGUGAUAUAUUGGGACAUACUGUUUUGAAGAUCGACUUUUUGUUAUUGUCAUCACAAUUAAAUUUCAAAGAAUAUGGAAGUCGAAGUGAAAUAGCCACAGUUAUUCAGGGACUCUUGCUUGGUUUUCUCCUUUUGCCAGUAUUUUACAAAAGUCUUCUUCAAAUUUGGGUCUACUUUGCAAAUUCAAGUAAGCUUGGAGAGCAAGCUGCUGAAGGAUGGAAAUAUAGAAGUAUGGGAAGUUCUGUUGUAUUUUAUGCUUCUUUGUUAGUUAUGUUGACUAUUUUAGCUCCAGCAUGGAUGUACUUCGUUCAGGAUUUUCAUGUUCAUCCUUUGCUUUGGGUAUUUCUUUUUGUGUUCACUGACCCACUGAAACGGCUGGCAUUAUGUAUAUACUGGAUAUGUGUGAUAUGUGCAUCUAUUUUGCGGUUCUACAGUAUAUCAAAGCACAGCAAGAUUGAGAGGAUCCUUCUGCGAAAGUACUACCAUCUAGUGGCAGUUCUAAUGUUUUUGCCUGCUCUUCUGUUUCAGCCAUCUUUUCUGGACCUAGCAUUCGGUGCAGCUUUGGCAGUUUUCUUGGUAUUGGAAAUGAUUCGUGUAUGGAAAAUAUGGCCUCUGGGGCACAUUGUACAUCAGUUCAUGAAUGCAUUUACUGAUCAUCGUGACUCCGAGAUUCUUAUCAUCAGUCAUUUUUCCCUCUUACUGGGAUGUGCUCUUCCAAAAUGGAUGUCUUCUGGGUUCAAUGAUCGACCACUUGCUCCUUUUGCUGGGAUUUUGAGCUUAGGAAUUGGCGACACCAUGGCAUCAUUGGUUGGCCACAAGUAUGGUGUUCUCAGGUGGAGCAAAACUGGGAAGAAAACUAUUGAAGGUACUGCAGCUGGCAUAACAUCAGUCUUAGCAGCUUGCUCGAUACUCCUCCCUCUCCUAGCAUCCACUGGCUAUAUACUAUCCCAGCAAUGGUUAUCUUUGCUUCUUGCAGUCACUGUGAGUGGUUUAUUAGAGGCCUACACAGCACAGCUUGACAAUGCUUUCAUUCCCCUUGUAUUCUAUAGCCUCCUUUGCCUAUGACUAUGAAGAAUACCUUCGAGGUUGCUGCGUAUACUACCAUCUUAUGGUCGCUUGUUUACCCUCCUAUCCCAAUUUUACAAUUUGACGGCCUUGUGCUUUUCUCAAGCACUACUGCACAUAGAAGAAGCCUGCGGGCACUUGAUAAGCGACAGGAUAGUUUACAUCGGUCAGUUGUAUCGUUACGUUUUUCUCAUAGUUAUUUAUCCUUCACCUUUAUUCAUUCAUUUCAAAUGAUCAUGGUUUCUUGUAUCCAUAAAUCCUCAUGUUUUUUCCAUGUAUACAAAAUUCCUCCCAAUUAAGCAUACAA